AACGAUUUGUAGUCGUUCUGACGGUGCGUUGCAAAGCGAGGUCUCGUUUUCGGCCGUUUUUCAGCGGAACGUAAGGGAAAAGUGGCCCUGAAAGGGCAUCAAACGCAAGCUGAAGCCACGCCGGAAACGUUGAAGGAAAAAUGUCAUCGACCGGUAUGGUACUUGAACCCCCAUCAAAACCCCACAAUUACCGCCCCCAUCACAACAACACUAACUCGAAACGCAAGUCGAAACAUGACCGUUCCGGUCGCAAAAGAUCGAAAAGUUUCUCCGGUUGUGGCCUGAUGAUGGACAUGAAACCGGUCCCCCCUACCAAAUUCCUCCUCGGGGGUAACAUCAACGACCCUCUCAACCUCAACAGUCUCCAAGACGAGGAUAUAAAUCGAGCCAUGAACGCAAUCACCCCCAAAUCUUCCCCCAUCCCAACUCCACCGAGGAGGAAGGGACAGAUCGAGGUGAUCAUCCCCCCUAACAUCAACGAUCCUUUGAAUUUGAUUGGAUGCGCCGAUGAUGCGGAGUACGAGCAACAGUUGUGUUCUCCCGUGAAGAAAGGGAGGAAGAAACGGUUGAAGAAAAGAAGAACGGUGUCAGCGUCCGAGGGGGAUUUGGAAGCAAGAACUCCAGAAACGUCCACGGAUUCGGCGAAAAUUCCCGUUGAAGUAGUCGUCGAAAAAGAUCUCAGUCUCGAAUUGUCGCCAAAGAAGGAGAAGUCGAAGAGGAAAGUGGAGGAGCACGGGGGGACACAAGCGAAGAAGUUUAAGUAUUCGAUGGAUAAGAUUGUGAGUCCGGUGGUGCCACAACCAGGGACGUGGUUGAAGAGGUCGAAUCAUAAGAAGAGACCGAGGGAGAAGAGGGAUACCAGUGAGGCGAUGCCCCAGUUUAAGGAGAAGGAUAGGCAAUAUCAGUAUGGGAAUUAUAAUAGGUACUACGGGUAUCGCAAUCCCCACAGUGAAGUGGACAACAGACUGAGACUCUUUCACCAACAUCGCUAUUUAUUCGAAGGGAAAGACAUACUAGACAUAGGUUGUAACGUGGGUCACGUAACGUUGUCCGUAGCUCGCGAUUUCGGUGCUAAAAGUGUGACAGGCAUAGACAUAGAUCCGAAAUUAGUUUCAAUAGCAAGAAAGAACGUAAAAUAUUACGUUAAAAAUUCAGAUUCGCCGAAAUCUGAGAGGGUCGGUGAAGUACCGACGAAUAAGAAAAGUAGUGAGUUUUUCCCUAUUUCUAUGCCCAUAUUAUAUGGACCCAUUGACAUUCCAGGCUUUAAUGACGGGCAAACCGGACGCGAUUUUCCAAAUAAUGUCGUUUUUAAAACGUGUAAUUAUAUUUUGGAGGAUGAUUCACUCCUGGCUCUCGAGCAGCCGCAAUUUGAUGUUAUUUUAUGCCUGAGCAUCACGAAAUGGAUUCACUUGAACUGGGGGGAUUCGGGGCUAAAACAGGCUUUUAGGAGGAUGUAUGCCCAGUUGAAGCCGGGAGGGAAAUUAAUUCUUGAACCUCAGAACUGGGCAAGUUAUAAAUCUAAGCGAAAAUUGACGGAAACGACUUUCAAGAAUUACAAUUCGAUCGAAUUUUUCCCGGAGAAAUUCACCGAAUACCUGCUGUCUUCAGUGGUGGGUUUCGCUAAGAGUGAAAUUCUAGGUUUUCCCUACAACCAUUCGAAAGGUUUCCGAAGGCCAAUUCAGAUUUUUACAAAAAGUACGAUGUUUCCGAGCGAACGAAUCGAGGCAACACCAAAUAAUAGCAUCACGCCAAACAAUGAUGAUCCUCUCUAUCAGAAAUUAUUAAAGACUGAAAGGUACGAAUCUCAGACGCAGCCGCUAGUCGAGAAGUCGGAACAUAUUUAUUAUACGAAUAUUCUGAAUAGAUAUUGUGGCAAUUCCGAAGUGAAUUGCGAAGUUAAUAAGCAGAUCGAAGAUGAUUUGAAUAAAGAGGAUUUGGGGGAGAAGAGUCAGAGUGAGAGGAAGGAUGUUUCGGGGGAUAAUACUUAAAAAGUGUUAGAAGCUUGGACAUUUCGUACUUGAUUUUGUACAAAUCGUUGACUUUUUUAAUGUUCGAUUGUUUGGCUUAUGUACAUAUGUAUAUGCAAGUAUUAAAUUUUUCUUUAAGA